CUUCGGGACAAGGCGACACCCUUCCGCUUCACCUCGCUCUGGUCCUCAGAGGGAGUAGCCUCUCCCUUCUCCAUGGACUUCCAAGAGAGAGACCCUCCCUCGCUGGUGGAGAGAACUCAAUCUGCAAAGCCCAGUGGUGCUCAGCAGGCCUCCGAGCUGUGGGAGGUGAUGGAGGAGCCUCGGGGCCGGAGGGGUGCAGAGGGUAUCAUGCCUGAGAGGCAGGAAGGCCACCUGCUCAAGAAGAGAAAGUGGCCUUUGAAGGGCUGGCACAAGAGAUACUUUGUGCUCGAGGACGGGAUCCUUCGCUAUGCAACCACUCAGCAAGAUAUCACCAAGGGGAAGCUCCAUGGCUCCAUUGAUGUCCGACUAUCUGUCAUGUCCAUCAACAAAAAGGCCCAGCGCAUUGACCUUGACACCGAAGACAAUAUCUACCACCUCAAGAUCAAAUCCCAGGACCUGUUCCAGAGCUGGGUGGCCCAGCUGCGUGCCCACCGCCUGGCCCAGCGCCUGGACAUGCCCCGCGGCCCACUGCCUAGCACCACUCACCAGAAGGUUCCGGGUGCCCAGCUUCCCACAGUGGUUAAUGCCUCAGCUCUUCCUGGGGUUGGACCUCGUGAGAAGGUGUCUUCCUGGCUGAGGGGCAGUGAUGGCCUAGACCGCUGCUCUCAUGAGCUCUCUGAGUGUCAGGGGAAGCUCCAGGAACUACACAGACUCCUCCAGAGCCUGGAGUCCCUGCACCGAAUCCCCUCAGCCCCCGUUAUCCCCACACACCAGGCCUCGGUGACAACUGAGAGACCCAAGAAGGGGAAACGGACCAGCCGCAUGUGGUGCACACAGAGCUUUGCCAAGGAUGACACCAUUGGACGGGUUGGGCGUCUCCAUGGCUCUGUUCCCAACCUGUCUCGCUACCUGGAGUCCCGGGACCACUCAGGAUCCCGCGGGCUGCCACCCCCAGACUAUGCCCACCUGCAGCGCAACUUCUGGGCCCUGGCCCAGAAGGUGCACAGCUCCCUCAGCAGCGUCUUGGCUGCCCUCACCGCUGAACGGGACCAACUGAGGGAACUGCACCAGGAUUCAGAGCUGUCCAGGAUGGGGGUCUCUGAGGCCUCAGCUGGCCCAAGACGCCUCCAUUCGCUGUCCAUCUCCUCAGACACUACGGCAGACUCUUUCAGUUCCCUCAACCCUGAGGAGCAAGAAGCUCUGUACAUGAAGGGGCGAGAGCUGACCCCCCAGCUCUCCCAGAGCAGCGUCUUGUCUCUCGCUGAUUCCCACACAGAGUUCUUUGAUGCCUGCGAGGUUCUCCUGUCCGCCAGCUCUUCUGAGAAUGAGGGCUCAGAGGAAGAGGAGUCGUGCACCAGUGAAAUCACCACCAGCUUGUCCGAGGAGGUGCUGGACCUCAGGGGAGCUCAGCGCUAUCAGAAAGGGGUGUGUGUUCCAGGGAGAGCUCCGGGGCCACCCCGUCGCCGCUGCCUGCCUGCGGCCAGCGGGCCUGGGGUUGACGUGAGCCUGUGGAACAUACUGCGUAACAACAUCGGCAAGGACCUGUCGAAGGUGUCAAUGCCUGUGCAGCUCAACGAGCCACUCAACACUCUGCAGCGGCUCUGUGAGGAGCUUGAGUACAGCAGCCUCCUGGACCAGGCCAGCCGCAUCGCCGACCCCUGCGAGCGCAUGGUGUACGUUGCAGCCUUUGCUGUCUCUGCCUACUCCUCCACGUACCACCGAGCGGGCUGCAAACCCUUCAACCCUGUCCUGGGGGAGACCUACGAGUGUGAGCGGCCUGACCGAGGCUUCCGCUUCAUCAGUGAGCAGGUCUCCCACCAUCCCCCUAUCUCGGCGUGCCAUGCAGAGUCUGAGAACUUCAUCUUCUGGCAAGACAUGAAGUGGAAGAACAAGUUCUGGGGCAAAUCCCUGGAGAUUGUGCCUGUGGGAACAGUCAAUGUCAGCCUACCCAGGUUUGGGGACCACUUUGAAUGGAACAAGGUGACAUCCUGCAUUCACAACAUCCUGAGUGGCCAGCGCUGGAUCGAGCACUAUGGGGAGGUGCUCAUCCGGAACACAAAGGACAGCUCCUGCCACUGCAAGAUAACCUUCUGCAAGGCCAAAUACUGGAGUUCCAACAUCCACGAGGUGCAGGGGGCUGUGUUCAGUCGCAGUGGUCGUGUUCUCCACCGUCUCUUUGGGAAGUGGAACGAAGGGCUGUACCGGGGACCCCCACCCGGUGGUCAGUGCAUCUGGAAACCCAACUCAAUGCCCCCAGACUAUGAGCGAAACUUCGGCUUCACUCAGUUUGCCUUGGAGCUGAAUGAGCUGACGGCAGAGCUGAAACGGUCACUGCCUUCUACAGACACACGGCUCCGGCCAGACCAGAGGUAUCUGGAGGAGGGGAAUGUACAGGCCGCUGAAGCCCAGAAGAGAAGGAUUGAGCAGCUUCAGCGAGACAGGCGCAAAGUGAUGGAGGAGAACAAUAUCGUCCACCAGGCUCGCUUCUUCAGGCGGCAGACAGAUGGCAGCGGGAAGGAGUGGUGGGUGACUAACAACACGUACUGGCGGCUGCGGGCCGAGCCUGGCUAUGGGAAUCUGGAUGGGGCUGUGCUCUGGUAGCCCUGGCCCCAGGGGCUGUAGGCUCCAGUUCCUCCAUCCUGCCCCCACCCCCGCCACGGACACAUGGGUGAGGCCAGGCUCCCCAACUUACUGCCCUGGGGACCAGAGGGGCAACACUGGCUCUAGCCCUUUCCUCUCUGCUGGUCAGAGGGGCUACAUCUCAGUGCAUCACCCACCCUGUGUUUGGGGUGAGAAGCAGGAUUCGUGCUUCCCCAGUCUUGUUGCCCCCAUAACCGGCAUGUAAGACCCUUCUUGCUCUUUCACCCCCUACCUUCCCCCUGGGGGUACUUGGGGGAGAUUCCAGGCUCUCCUGGAUCUGCUCCCCAUUUCAGUGCCUUCCUAAGACACAGGGAACCCCUUGAUGCUCCCCAGGCUUCCUAUGCCCAGGACUCGGGCCCCAGCUGUGUGGACGGGGUGAGGGAAGGAGAGGAGACAGCCUUUUCUUUCACCCUGUCCUUCCCAAGCCCCUCUCCAGCAUCUUCUCCCCGCUGCCCUGGUCCAGCAGGGCUUCCUUUGCUUGGUCCCUGGCAAUCUCUCCCAUACCCCUGGAUCCUCUUCUCCCAAACUGCAAAACGCCUCCAGCUUCCAGCUCCUUUGGCCCUGGUCCUCAAGUGGUUUCCUUCAGGAUCCCCCCAGAGCAGAUAAGUCCUCUCCAAGAGAUGGAGAGCAGACUGAGCAGGCAGGGAGCCUGGCCUCAGACCCACCAGGAGUGAGUGAGCACGUGUGAGAGUGUAAGUUUGUGUAGAAGUGUGUGUGUGUGUGUGUGUGUGUGUGUGUGCGCCUGUGUACUGCUUGCAGGCGAGCAGGAUUCCUAAUGUAGCCUGGACCUGGGUGUCCACCACUGUUGCUGCUCAUUUUCACACAGUCUGCCUCUGACUAAGGUGAAUUGCUGACAUUCCAAGCUCCAAUAAAGACUGUCCCA